AUGAGUGCGAUCAUUUCAAAGCUGUUUGCAGAUAUGCCAAAUAUCGAAGGACUACUGAAGAUCAUCAAUGACGUUCCUGAAAGUGAUGAGACAGCUCCAGAGAGAGUGGCCGAACUUGCACGCAAGUAUAAAGAAGUGUUUGAAAAAAAGCCAAGCGAAAUCGAGCAUUUCCUUACCAACUGUAAUUCAAGAAUUGGAUCCGCUGCAAUGAUGGUUGCUAUCAAAGCUUUAUAUGAUACUUCAAUUGGAAAAAAUAACGAACAUGGUGCUGAUCGAGCUGUAGAAUUUCUUAAACAUUUUAUUGAGAAUGGCAGCAUGGUUGCAGAACAUUUGAAAUUGAUUCCCGACAUCGUUGGAGAAGUUCAAAGUGGGACAUUUUGGUCAAAUAUAACACUUACAGGUCAUAGAAUGGAAAUCAUUAGAGUUAUAGCCGAUGGAGCUGAAUUAUCCUAUAUGAUUUAUUCGCAGCCUCAAAUAGGACUUGAUCUCGCUCUCUCGGCAAUGCAACUGCUAGUCAAUCCAAACGAGUGCAUCGUUUCUUCUCUCCAUUCAGCUCUGUUCGCUAACGUUCCACCGACGUCAGAUUCGUCAGUGGAUGCGGCACAACAGGCUCGAAAGCAGCGUUCUGUACUAACUCAAGCGACACCUUGCUUCGAAUCGAAGUAUAUGCUUUUGUACCUAUACUAUGGAGCGUUACUACUAAUGAGAUGUAACGAAUUGCGUCGUGCUAUUUCGCUUUUGGAAAGCGCUAUCCUCAUACCCGGUUCCGCCACUACGGUUGUUCAGUUGGAUGCAUUAAAAAAGUUUUAUCUAGCAAGUUUGUUAUAUUCGAGAAAAGUGGUGAUGCCCACCUCCAUUUGUCGUUCAUCGCCGUUAACACGAGCUUGGAAAUUGAUAGGAGAGCCAUAUACGGCGCUUGCUGCUGCAGCACAGUCUUCAGGUGACAAGGCUGGUGCAGUGGAAAAAGUGCUGAACGACAACAGAAAGGUUUUCACCGAGGAUGGAGCUGUUGGCCUUAUCAUGCGGAUUAUUCGAGAGCUUCGUCACAGUGCAGUUCUUUCAGUGGCAAAAUCUUUCUCGUCUAUUCCGCUCAGUGAGUUGGCUUCUAGGGCGUAUAUUGACAACGAUGCAGCAGUAGAGAUAAUGGAGACGCUGUUUAAACAAGGUAAGUUGCUAGUAGAGGUUUCUAUCAGUGAAGGUAUCGUAAGACUGGAGGUCGUACCGGAGAAAGUUCACAAUGAUGAUGUCGUUACAAAAUUUGGAAGGCUAAAUGUAUUGCUACAAGAAAUGGAAAGACUGGAAGCUCUUGCUCAAUUGCACCCAGCAUUGCUGCAGAGAUGCUUGAAACCUGCAGCACUAUUGACAUACUCUUUUCCUAACAACGAGGAUGAAGGACUAGGCAUGACAAGUAGUCCUUUGGAGUACUGA